UUUGCGGAACAGUUUGCAACCGGCAUGCAACAGGCACGAUCAUCAUUCUUCAAUGGUCUACGCACUGUUUCAGGUACCAUCUUCAACAUGUCACCCGAGUAUUUUGUUGCCAGAUAUGACCGCGCCUCCGUCCAGCAAAUUAUGGAUAUGAUUGGAUGGGAGGCGGGGAAGGGGAAGACCUUCGACGUUUUCAAAGCACCGGUACUUUACCCUGAUAACAUUGUUAACGAGAAAAAGAUUUUCAGAAACUGGUUGACGAUCGCGAAGGUCAUCAAGGUUUCAGUGUGCGGCAAGAUGUCAUUGUUCCCCAAGGGGCGUGGUGGCCCGCCUACCUAUGCGAAGAUUUGGAAACUCGAAAGCUGCACUCCCGGUAUGAUUGCAUUUGGUGUGACUUCGGUAUGUAUUGAUAUAAUCUUCAUGCUAUCCCCAGAUCAAGAAUUCUCCGGGGAUGGUAUUGGAGCCAUUUCUUCGAUCCCUUACCACACCGUCUUCCGCGCCGUGAAAAGAUUCUUCAUCGUCAAGUGGACCCAUGAACGCAUCAAAGCCAUUGUGGGACAAAUUAACGGUUAUGUCUUCGAUAAUGUUGCUCAGACGGAGGAGGACUAUACCGCAGGCCAGCCUGAAGACAUGGUUGAUCGUGUCAUGGCAGCAUUGGACGAUUCCGAUAGCAGUUCGGAUGAGGACCCCAUUGGCCCUGACAGCCUUCGUGCGCACCAUCCUACCAUC